CUGCCGGAGCCCAGCUGACUCGGUCGGGCAGAGAGAGACGUGCAGCGACCAUGGCUCUCAAGUCUGUCACCAGCUUGACCGUCCCCUGCUCCCUGGCUUUUCAGGAUUGUUUUCACCCCUGUACGGGGGUGAGAAUCCAGGGCUCCGUGCCGGGCGGCAGCCAGAGGUUCGCUGUGAACUUCAGCUGUGGGGAGGAGCCCAACUGCAAUAUAGCCUUUCACUUCAACCCCCGCUUCGACCAGAACGCUGUGGUGUUCAAUAGCUUCCAGAACCACGGCUGGCAGUCUGAGCAGGUGAUGGCAGGGAACCCGUUCAAGCACGGGGCCUCCUUCCUGCUGGAGUUCCACAUCACUGACCAGCACUUUGAGGUUCUUGUGAACAAGGUGGUGCUCGGGCAAUUCAUUCACCGCAUCCCCCUGUGUGAAGUGAAGGUCCUGGAGAUCAAUCCCGAGGUGGAGAUUCAGAAGAUUGAGCUCUUCCUGACUCGGUCGGGCAGAGGGACACCCGCAGCGCCCAUGGCUCUCAAGUCCGUCACAGGGCUGACCACCCCCUGCGUCCUGGCUUUUGACUGUGGUUUUCAGGCUGGGAGGCACGUGAGAAUCCAGGGCUCUGUUCCUUGCGGCUCCCAGUGGUUCUCCGUGAACUUCUGCUGUUCGGAUGGGCCCAGCUGCGAUAUAGCUUUUCACUUCAACCCCCGCUUGGACCAGAACUGUGUGGUGUCCAACACCUUCCAGAACCACAGCUGGCAGUGUAACCAGACCAAGGAGGAGAACCCGUUCAAGCACGGGGCCUCCUUCCAGCUGGACAUCCACAUGACUGAAGAGCACUUUGAGGUUCUUGUGAACAACAACAUGUUCGAUCGGUACAGUCACCGCAUCCCCCUGUGUCAAGUGAAGAGCCUGGAGGUCCAGCCUAAGGUGGACAUCCACAAGAUUGAGUUCUUCUAGCUUGUCCCAGAACACAGAAACCCCCAGCAAUGGGGACCUCACAUUGGGGAUCCUGCCAGGACCUACUGAUAGAUGUGGAGAGCUGCCAAUAAAGUGGCCUCUGGGCUCUCCCCUA